GGUGGGGUAGACUGCAAUAGAGAACGCGCUUUAUUGACGCUGGGUCUUGUGCUGCGGGUGUGACAGACUGGUUAGGAAUAGGAUUGGAUUGCUUUGUUCCUGCCUCCCUCACACCAUAUGGCUUACACUGAUCAUCGCUGUAUAUGUUCCUGCUCAGUGUCAUGCCUCCGCUGCUAGGCUAUGCAGCCCGUGCCUCCUCCGGUUGGCAUCCCGCUCCCUGUAAUCAGGGGCUUGUAGAGUCACAGCAGCAGGUGUUUGUCUGAUGUGCAGCACCGGGGAGGUGUAUCAAGCCUUAGACACAUACGGUACCAUCACAUCAACCUUUAGUUCUCAUUUUUCCAGCACAAAUGACAGACGCUGAUUGGUUGCUACUUGAUUUCCCCAAGAUUUGAUCAUCCCCGCCCCCCUGAAAUGUCGUCUCCCGCCCGCCCCAGUAGCAUAACUCUAGCGCUGCAGGCGGAUGACACUGGCAGUAGGAGUCAGGAGACGUCAUCCUUAUUACGUGACUGCAAGGAGCUGAUUGUCACAUUUUCUGCUUGUAGUGCGGCGCCAGCUGUAGCUCUGUUAUCAGACGUCAUAUAAUGCGAGUUCUUAUCGGUACAAUGAGCAGCCGUUCUCUUGAGUGCUCCAAACCAUCCUUAUAAAUGACAAUGAACUACGAAAUGCACGAGGUGGGUAGGACUUUUCUCAAGAAAAAGCAGGGAUCUGUUGUAGUUGAACCCAAUGUUGAAGGAAAAUGUUCGUUUCCUUCAGAAGGGUUGGACUCGGAGAGUGGCGUGUACACAAGGUUUAUGAAGAACCACAAAUGCUAUGAUCUCAUCCCAAUCAGCUCAAAGCUUGUCGUGUUUGAUACAUCACUACAGGUGAAAAAGGCGUUCUUUGCCUUGGUCAGCAAUGGUGUACGAGCAGCACCUUUGUGGGAUAGCAAGAAGCAAAGCUUUGUAGGUAUGCUUACCAUCACAGACUUCAUCAAUAUACUCCAUCGGUACUAUAAAUCUUCCAUGGUUCAGAUUUAUGAGCUGGAGGAACAUAAGAUAGAGACUUGGAGAGAACUGUAUUUGCAAGAUUCGUUCAAGCCUUUAGUGAGCAUAUCUCCAAAUGCUAGCCUGUAUGAUGCGGUCUCCUCACUGAUUAUGAACCGUAUUCAUCGCCUACCAGUGAUUUCUCCAGACUCUGGAAACACCCUGUAUAUUUUAACCCACAAACGAAUUCUUAAGUUCCUCAAGCUAUUUAUGUCUGAACUGGAGAAACCAGCUUUUGUGACUCGUACUCUAAAAGAACUGCAGAUUGGAACUUACGAUAACAUCGCACUGGUCCAUCCCAACACUCCCGUCUAUGUUGCUUUAGGGAUUUUCGUGCAGCGACGUGUGUCUGCUCUGCCUAUUGUGGAUGAGUCCGGAUGCGUUGUGGAUAUAUAUUCCAAGUUUGAUGUCAUUAAUUUAGCAGCUGAGAAGACUUAUAAUAAUUUGGAUAUCACAGUGACUAAGGCUCUUGGACAUCGUUCUCACUACUUUGAAGGUGUUCUUAAAUGUUACCAGCAUGAAACUCUUGAAACCAUCAUUAACAGGCUUGUUGAGGCAGAGGUGCACAGGUUGGUGGUGGUAGAUGAGAAUGAUGUAGCAAAAGGAAUAGUGUCUCUCUCUGACAUUCUGCAGUGCCUGGUGGUGACAGCUGAAGAUUUGAAGAGUCUGUGACUGGCAUGAGUUUUCACCACCAUCUCAGUGCUGCCUCAUAGUGAUACACAAGGGCCCUGCACAACUCACCAUCUACAUUUAGCAAUACUUGUGACAUCAGCAGUGGUAGGAGGAGACGCGUCACUCGUCCACUUUUCAGUGAGAUCCUGUAUCGCAGCAGUGUUCUUCAGCAAUACUUGGGGCAUUGGUAGGGACUGGUCGAUAAUUUGAUAAUAGUGAGAGAUUUGUAGCCCAGUGACAGGAGCGUACACAGUAUUGAGGACUUACCAGAGUCACUCUGAACUUUUUACGACAUGCACAACACUUCCAUUAUCCCUUUUUUUAAUCAUUGUACAGCCUUGUCUCACAGUAUCCCGGGAGGAAUGAAAGGGGCUGUCCUAGAUCGUUUGCACUUUGGUCUGGAUCCAGUGUACACAAUUGUGAGCCAUGAUAGGUUUGCUGCAUAUGAAAGGCAUUGAGGUCUUACCACAAUAUUUCAGAGGUCUGUUUAUACUUUGCACUUGGCUGACUGCAGUGUCACAUGCCACUUUUUAUAUGUUUUUACUUUUACUGUCCCUCUUGGACAGAGUAGAUUCCAUUAUUUGUAUCCAAAUGUAUAUUCCCUAUUCCUGACAUGUGAUUGGGAAUUUUACUACUUACAUGUUUUCUUCCGUGUCUUUCAUAUUUUGAAAAUGGGCUUACAAUGUCCAGAAAAUGUAUACAGUUUAAUAAAAUUCAAAUUUUUCAUAA